GGCAGCGUCCUGCGGGUCACGACGCGCCAGGACGCGACGUCUGUCUCUGUCAGGCAGUUGGUCCGGUCCGGAGCCACCGGAGCCGGGAGCCGGCUGGAGCCCCAGCACACCUCCUGCAGGUGGGAACGCUGCAGCGAGCCAUCUGCAGCAUGUCUCUGCACUCCUGGGAGUGGGAGUAUGAGGACAGGGCCAGUGUGGACCCCAUGUCCUCCUUCACCAGCUUUUACCAGUCCCUGAGUGAGCAUGAGGCGGAGGAGCACAAGGCCAAGGCCGAGGCCCAGGGUUCAGACUCCGACCGCCAGUGCAGUAGCACCGAGUCCUGGGACGAGCACACCAGUACCGCCAACUCUGACGUGCCCCAACUCGUGCCCUGCAAGUUCAUCAUCUCACUGGCCUUCCCCACACUCGCCGGUCACAAAGGAAAAUACACAAGUUUUAUUGAAAAGUAUAGGAAACGCCCUAAAACAGAUUCUGUUGCGAAGGUGCGCCGCUUCUAUCACAUCGAGUACACUCUUCUGCCAGAUGACGAGGAACCCAAGAUUGUUGACAUGGUGCUGUUUCCAUCAGUGGCCAAGGUGUUCCUGGAGUCGGGAGUAAAGACUGUGAAGCCAUGGCAUGAAGGUGACAAAGUCUGGGUGUCAUGGACCCAGACUUUUAACAUCAACAUGACCAAGGAAUUGCUAAAGAAAAUGAACUUUCACAAAGUAACCCUGAGGCUCUGGGACACUAAGGACAAGGUUUCAAAAAAAGCCAGGUAUUACCGAUUAAAGACUGCUGGCCCUUUGGACGACACAGGAUCUUUUGAGGAGGUGAGACACUUGAUUAUAAAUCAGAGAAGACUGUCUGAGCUGGGCAUUGUCGCAGAGGAGUGGGACCAGGGCCAUCCACCAGAAAAACAGCAAAAAGUAGAAAAGCGCUCCAAGUUCCUGCAAGUUUCUCACCAAGCAGAGCCUGAAACGUCUUCCAAGAACAGCGAGGAAUAUGAAAAGUCACUUAAAAUGGAUGACCUUUCCACAGUUCGGCGAAGUAUUUCAAGAGCACCCCCUGUUUCUUUGGCAGGGGCAACCAUGAUGGAGAUCAAAGAAUUAAUUGAGAGGUCAUCAUUUAGCAGCCUAACGAAUGUGCUAGAGAGACAGAAGUCUCAGAUUAAAGGGAGAGAUUCAGAGGGAAAAAAGAAAAGCCAGAAGAAAAAAACAAAAUCUCGAACAGAAGAGGAAACUGACCACCAGCUGGCGAGCCAGUGGAAGCAGAGCACCUUCUCCGCCCAGCUGGCCAUCCUGCCACUCCUCGCUGGAUUGCAGAUUGCUGUUAGUCGUGGCGGGGCCAAGUCUGCCAACAUUUUAGACUGUCUUUUAACUUUAAAAACGGAAGUUCCUAUAAUGACCGAGGAGCAAAAACAGGACUUAAACCCUCUGACCAUAAAGAUCAAGUGUGCUUCCUGCCUUCCAUCACAGCCGGUGCCUAUUCACGAGCUAGAGAGGCUGUGCAUGCCUGUGUACUGCAGGUACCAGUUUCACACGACUCCUGUUCACCAGACCGAAGGUCAGCCCCAUGGGGCCCACGUGCAUUUCCAGGACAUCAAUGUCAUCUUCCUUGGGGCGAUGCACCCCAGUGAACUGCAGCAAUACCUGGAGGGCCCCCCUAUGGAGGUAGAAGUUCAUGACCGGGACCGCAAGUCGGAGGAUUAUUCUCGGAAGCCCACCCUGUUUGGGGAGGAUCCUCUGGAUUCAUUUCUCAAUCUCCAGGCCCUCAUCUCUCCAAAAGAGACAGAGACAAACCCUUUUGAGUCCCAGGACAAGAUGUGGGACCCUCAUGGUGUUGCCCAGGUCAGUUUAGCUGACCUCCUUCUUGGCUACAAGUACUUAAACCUGACUGUCCCCAUCCACAGCUGUGAGCCCAGGCCCACAGGCCAUGGCCAGGACAGCAGGAGCAGGAAAGUUGUGGGGUUUCGUGCCCCCCCUGAUGGCCUUCAGCAUGGCCCCAUGCCCAUGGGCCACUACCUGGAGGCCAACUCCAUGCUCAAGCUGCGAGUGGACAUCGCUGUGCCCCUGAGGCCUGGAGUCAGAACCCCUGACCCUGACCUCCUGAGGUCCCAGUUCGGCCGCAUCGUUUUUGUGUUCGACUCCAAGAAGCUUUUCCUCCUGCACAGUUUGCUGCACGACAUCACCAUGGUCAAUGCCAGGGCCCUUGACCUGGACUCCUACCCCAUCGAGGACGUCCAGCAGAUCCUGUCGGCCUUCAAGAUGCGGGUGAAGGUCCAGGAGCAGCAGCACCUGGAUGUGCUCACCGGCUUUCACCUGCUGGAUGGGAGGCUCCACCUGUUUGUCCUGGAGGGCCUGGCUGGCAAGGGCUUGCAGCGGCUGUGGGAGCGUCACCAGAACCGGAUCCCCAGGUCCACACAUGGCAUGUACAAGGUGCUCUACAACUCACAGCUGCUGUUCCAGCACCGCCUGUACGCGGACCUGGAACCCAUUCUGUACCACGUGCACCUGUUCCAGCCAGUGGCCCACCUGGCACGCCGGGCUGCACUCUACGUGCGCCUCUCUGGGCAGCGUGGGGCCUUCCAGGCACUGGCCAGGAUCCAUGACCUCUGCUAUGACAGCACCAGGCUCAGGGAGGUGAUCGUGAGAGACCUGCUGCCUACCUCUGCCAUGAUCCGAGACCUGAGCCAAGAGUUUGGGAUGCCCAUUUCACAAGAAGAGCUCACAGACAAGAAGCUGCUGGCCAUGCCACCUCAGCUUGCUCCCAAUCUUGAAGACUUUCGAAGUCGAAAUUCCACUCUCACUUCUGAGAUCCAUGCCCACCAGGAAAAGUACCUGCGGUGGCGGAACAGUACGAUGCUGAAGAACAAGGGCCAGAAGGGCAGCCUGGUGCAGAAAAACAUCACAGAAGCCUACCAUGUCAGCAAGAAGCCACCAAAGUCCAUGACCAAGGUGCUUAGAAUCCCAGUCCCCGCCAGCAAGGCUGUCUACAACUACAGUAUUCAGAUGCUGAAUUCCACCAUGCUUGCCAAGAAGGAGCUAUAUCAAGAGAUGGCCAAGGAGCCCAAAAGGAGAUUCGCAUACUCACAGAACUAUCUCUCCGCUAUGGUGGCACCUCUGGAUUCAGAAGAGGAGGAGAAGACAGCCCAGAAGAAAUCCCGCCAGGCCUGGCUCACAGCCAGUGGAUUCCAAGUGCUGGGUCUUCAGAGCAUCAGGAGCAAUCACCAAGACCUCGGCUCUCUUGGCCCCAUUAAAAGGCUGAAUGAGGGGUGGAAGGAAAACAAACUGUUUGCUAAUGAGCUUGAAUCAGUGCUGGAUCGAGGCAGGUGGAGCUGGGACCGGCGCCACCUGGACUUUGACCUGUACAAGCAGCCUCCACCGUUCUUCACGCUGCCCGCUUCUCCAGCACUGAAGCCUGAAACAGGGUCCAGGCUCAGGCAUGCCAGAGAGCUGCAGCUUCCUUCCGGCUGGUGUGCAGCGGACAAAGAGGGAGAAGAUACUGGCCAACAGAACUGCCACAACUGAGGUCAGAAAGCAGGAGCACUGAGAACUCUGGAACCCAGCUUCAAGCUUCAAAGAGCUCGUCAGCCAACCUCGGCUGCUAGCAGGCAGGAAGACAUAAGGGCACUGUCCCACCUCCUCAGCACCGCAGACCCUCACAGCUGUGGCUUAGCAGCCCCCAGCCUCUCUAGUGGCACCUGUGCAUCCCCCUGUGACUCAGCCCCUUGGUGACCACCUCCUGGCACCAUGGCCCAUGAAUGGCCCCUCCCCCAUGCUACCACUGACUUCAUUAAAGUGCCACUGGGCAGCAGCCAGCAGGGACAGACUCAGCUCGUGGUCCUGGUUCUGCAGCCUGAUACGGAUCACGUGACAGCAUUGCCGUCAUGCCAUACAGGAAGCUUGACUCACUCCUACCCUGGAAGGAAGGAAGAGCAGACAGAUGGCAAAUAACCUAACAGUGCAUCUCAAGGGACUCAAAAAGGAAGAACAAGUGGAACCCAAAAGUAACAGAGGGAAAGAAAUAGUAAAUAUCAGAGCAAAAAUAAAUUGCAGACCAAA